CGCCACGCGAUCCUGCUCCCUGCAUAAAGUAUGCCGUAGGGAUGUCCAUCCGUGUCCGUUCAUAGCCAAGCUAGCUAGAGCUAGUUUCACGUCCGCUCCCCUCCCACGCCAGCCAUGGCCAUGGCCCAACCGGCAGCAGCUCCACCGAUGAGCUCACCCGAGGAAGAGAGGCUCCAGGAGGACUUCAUCUCCUCGCUCCCGUCGAGGGAGGGGUGGCCGCAGACGCUCAUCCAGUACGAGGGCUACUGGUUCAAGCCGAAGAUCUUGGAGGGGGUCCUGCGAGCCAGGCGGGCCUUCACGCCCCGCGCCGACGACGUGGUCCUCGCCACGCAGCCCAAGUGCGGCACCACCUGGCUCAAGGCCCUCGCCUUCACCGUCGCCACCCGGUCCCGCCACGGCCUCGGCGCCGCCGACCACCCGCUCCUCACCCGCCACCCGCAGCACCUGGUGCCCUUCAUCGAGAUCCCCGGCGCCACCGGAGGGGACGACCGCGUCGACCUCGGCGCGCUCCCGUCCCCGCGGCUCCUCGCCACGCACAUGCCCAUGUCGCUGCUCCCGCCGGCCGGCUGCCGUGUGGUGUACCUGUGCCGGGACCCCAAGGACACGCUCGUCUCCAGGCUGCACUUCGAGAACAAGCUGGCGGCGCGUGGCGGCGGCGGCGGCCUGUCGAUGGACGACGCCUUCGGCAUGUUCUGCGAGGGGUUCUCGCCCUACGGCCCGUUCUGGGACCACUGCCUGGAGUACUGGGAGGAGAGCGUGGCGAGGCCGGACGCCGUCCUCUUCCUCAGGUACGAGGAGAUCAAGUCGGACCCGGCGCGGGUGGUGAGGAGGCUCGCGGGGUUCCUCGGCGUGCCGCUGAGCGAGGAGGAGGAGCGCUCCGGCGUGGCCGAGGAGGUGGCGAGGAUGUGCAGCUUCGAGACGCUCACCGGGCUGGAGGUGAACCAGGUCGGCGGCGUCAGCCACGGGAGUAGAGUUCACGUUGAGAACUCGGUGUUCUACAGGAAAGGCGAGGUCGGGGACUGGGCCAACCACAUGAGCCGCGAGAUGGCGGACAAGCUCGACCGCAUCGUCCAGGACAAGCUGCAGGGGUCAGGCCUGCUGUUCUGAGUCAUCUGUUAUCUGUGGUCUUUUCCACUCUGCUCUGUGUUGAUUGUGGUUUAAUUUUGGAAUACUGAUUCAUAUGGCCUCAUCAUAA